AGUUUUUGCUCUGGGCUUAUAUACCUACAAUGUUGCCAUGAUUAUUUAAUCAUACGUCGUUCACACUCGUAUUUUGUCGUGUGACACUGUGAAAACGAAGCGGAAGCGAAGCGAACACCUUAUAGAAUAUCAACAAAAAUCGACUUCACUAUGGUUUAGCUUAGCUUCGCGAUAUACCUAAACGAAAAUUACAAAAUUCCCUAGCUGCAGCAGCAGUAGCAGCAGCUAUUUUUAGAAAAUAAUUUGGUUGUUCAGAGUUCAGGGCUUGUCAGUGGAGUGAGGCUGUGGCUGUGACAAUCCAACCUAACCUCACAUUCCACUCCUUGUGUGCUUAUCUCGAAUCUGAUUGUUGUUUUUUAAAGUUUAUUUUGUUCCUGCAGUUAAAACUUUAUAAUUUCAAAGUAAAAUCAUGGUUAACAAAUUAAAUAUAGAAUUUUAUAACACUGUAUUAGCUCAAACUUUCACGCCGUGCGGAAAUUAUUUAGUCACGGGCGAUAUUUAUGGAAAUCUAUCAGUUUUCAAUUUAACAAAAUUAGUCGACCCCCAAGAGAACCUAAAUCAAGAGGCACGCUUACCGAAACAUAAAAUAACUGUACAUGCUGAUAUACAAAUUAACAGCCUUUUAACAACUCAAGAUCAUCUUCUUGUUGGCGGGUAUGGAGAAAUAUUUGCUUAUUCUUGGAAAACUAUCAAAGGUUUAUCUACAAACACCCAACCAGUGUGGUCAAUAAAACUUCCUUCGACUCAUGAAAACUUAGAAAAGGCCGAAGUAAACUCUUUAGUCAUGGAUGAAGAUUUGGGAAAACUUUACACAGGUUGUGGAGACAAUAAAAUUUACAUUUAUGAUUUGGAAAGUAGGAGUACCCUUGCAGUUCUGAUAAAUCAUAGUGAAUAUGUACAUUGCCUACGUAAACAUGUAAAUAAUUCUCUACUUUCUGGUGGUCAAGAUGGGCUUCUCAACAUAUGGGACUUGAGAUUAAAUAAAGUUAUUGAAAAAAUUGAACCUCAUUUGAACAAUCAAAUAAAUCGUAAUAAAUUAGGAAAAUGGAUUGGAGCUGUCGACUCUAAUGAAGAUUAUAUUGUUUGUGGCGGUGGUCCACGUCUGGCCCUAUACCACACACGUUUCCUAAGAAACUGCACAAUAUUUCCAUUUGAUGACAAAGGCAUUCAUGUUGCAGAUAUUUCUGAUGAUAAAAUAUUUGCUGGAGGACGCUCAAAACUUUUCUAUCAAGCUGAUUUUAACGGAGAUAUUGUAUCAGAAAUUCAAACCUGCGGACCUGCAGUAUUUAGUAUGGUAAAGCAAGAAAAACCUUUUCAAAUUAUGUGCAUUGCUGGAUCGAGUCCUAAAAUUGAUGUUUCUAUGAAUUUUAUGUAUAAAGAUCAAAAUCUUUCCCUAUAUUAAUCAAGAAGAGUACAUUAGACUUUUUAUUCAAAUUUGGAUGAAAUGAGGUUGUAUCCUCGGUUGUAUCUGAGUAUUUUUAAUAUAAAGUAUUUGAAUGUGCAUAGUUUUUACUUUCUCUUGAAAUAAAUUUGAUACAAAGCAAGAAGGGACUAGGGAGGUACUCUAAUUGUAAAUUCAUUAGGACAAGUCCAGCUAUAACUCUGUAGACAGGCAUGAAUCCAUUUUGCACAAAGAAAAAACAUUUCCUUAAUGCUGGUAUUAAAUAAAAAUAUUUUUUUCCAGUUCCUAUAUCUAUUAUUAUUAGCCCCAUAGAAUGUUAAGUUUUUUUUAUGGCUCAAAAAGCAAAAUGAAUUUCCUCAAUGUACAGUUUGUUGACUUCUUUGACUAUAUGAAUAAUCGGUGAGAUAAAAAAAAAUCUCUCAGUCUGGGGGCCUAUGUAUUUUAUUGGAACAUCAAAAUGCUUUCAAUAUUCUUUUUGACUACAAAGGAUAUCGUUAAAAAGCAAUUGUGCCAAAUAUAUUUUUGGAAAAAAAUAUUGUUCAUAUUAUAUCCAGAUGGAAAUAUUCAGGUUAAAUAUAAAUGUAUUAUUUUUAAAUCAAAUUCAA